AUGAGUCUCGAUCAAACAUUGUUGUCAAGACAACUUUUAAAGUUACAUCAAUACUUGGAAUGAAUUACUUGAAUGAUAUAUCUAUAGACAAGUAAUAGACAAUUUUAUUUUUAAUAAGAAAAAAAAUAGAUAAAUAAAUAUGGCUGAUCCACUUGUUACUGAGAAUCAAGAUAAUAAAUUAACAAUAUUAAAUAAAAAAAUUAUUGAAAUUAAAAAAAAAAUACAACUUUCUGAGGGACAGAGAAAAGCUAAUUUUGAAGAAUGUGAUGCUAAAAAACGUGAGAGUUCAGAUAAAAUUUUAAAUUUAAAAAAAAGUAUUAAAUUAUUGCAGAUAAAAUAUUGCAAAGAAAAAAAUAAUGAAGAAGCAGCAGAAAAAGUUGUUCAAACGAGUAGAGAAUCAUCAGUUUGUGUUAAAAAACGAGGUCUUGAAGAGGCUAUUAACAGGAUCGACGAAGACAGCAUUCGAUUAAGAAAAAAACUUGAUCUUGUUAAAUAUGAAAGUGACAAGCAACAAGAAAAAUUAGCAAAAUUAUUAAAUGAAUACGAGGAGCUAGUUAAUGGAAGAAGCCACAAAAUUAUUGAGAAAAAAUUUGAAAUUCCUCUUAAAAAGAAAAUAAUUAGUUUGGAAAAUCAUUUACAUCGUGUUAGUGUAAUGCAAAUGGAAGCUGAUACAGUGAGAAAAAAAUAUAGAUCAGUUAGAGCAAGUUUAAAAUCAGAUGCAGCAUUUUAUGUGUCGUCAUUAAAAAAUCUUGAAGAAAAUAUUAAAGAUCAAGAAUUGGAAAUACAACAGUUACAGAGUGUUAAAAAUGAAGCAAUUGAAUUGAGAGAUUUAACAAGAGAAACAUUAACAAAACAAGAAAUUGAUGCAAUGAAUAAAAGUAAAGAGCAUGAAAAUGUUAUACUUGAUUAUCGACAAAGAGUUGAAGAUCGUAGAUUAGAACUAGAAAGACUUGAAAGAUUAAUAUUUCCAUCAAUGAAAAUUCAACAACGUGAUGAUGAUUUUGAUGCUACCGAAAAAAUUGAUCCAAGCAAUGAUAAUAAUUGUGCUGGACAAUCAAAAAAUGGUAUGACUAAUUUAGAAGAUGCAUUUAUAAAACUUCGUAUUGCAACUGGUGUUACAAAAACAGAUGAUGUACUUGAUCGUUUUUUGGGACAACUUGCAACUAAAGAAAAACUACAAAAAAUGCGUACAACAACUGAGGAUGAAAAAAUGUUACUUGAAAAACAACGUCAAAAAUUAAAUGCUGAAAUUGAAAUGCUUAAAUUUUCAGAAACAAAAAAUGCUGAUGAAAAUGCUGAGGAAUUAUUAAAAUUUAAUAAAAAAACUAAAAAUGAACUGCAACGUCAAAGUAAUGCCGAAAUAAAAAAUGAUAAAACACGAGAAAUUUUAAAUGAUAUAACCAAAGCACUCAAAAAAUUUUGCAAUAUGUUUAUGUUUAAUGGUGAAACAGAUAAUUGUGAAAAAUUAUCAGAUGAAUUAGUGGCUGAUCCUCAGGUACUUUUAAAAAUUGUUGGAGAAAAAAUUAAUGUAACUAUUGAUUUGAUGGGUGGUGAAGAAAAAUAUUUGGAUUGGAUUGAUGAUAUGGCAGUUGAUAAACUUGAUAUAGCUUCAAUUGGAUCAAAAACUGAUACAGAAAAAAUUAUUGUUACAAAUGAUAAACCACUUUUUCCACGUUUUCCUGGUGCACCAACACCUGCUGGUCAAGCAGUUUUAUCAGAAGACGAAGAUGAAGUACCAACUAGAAGUAUUCUCAAGAGACAGGCUCAACUACUUGUUGAUACGAAAAGUCGUCGUAAAGGAUUCAAUUUUAGAAGAUAAAUUUUAUUAUAAAAAUUAUAUUAUUGUCUUUUGUUUUUUAUUAAAAAAAUAAACAAAUUUUGUAAAAUUUAUAUUAAAUUAUAUAAAAUGAAUAAUUAUGAAAAUAUAAAAUCAGUUUCUUCAAA